AAGGCCAAAAAGAAAACUUAAAGAAAGACUAAUGAACUUGCUAAGUCAACGACUUUCCCUCUAUACAAUAGAAAUCAGUUUCUUCUUCUUGUCUAUGUCUCGUAACCACAAAAGUAAAACCAUGGCAACAACACAGAAAUUCUCUCCUUUCUUUUGCUUCUCUUGUCUCUUAUGUCUCCUCUUCACCACUAACAAAACGGUGUCCGAAUCCAAGCACAUGGAAACUUUCUGCAUCAAAUCAUCUGGAAUCUUCACUCGCAACUCAACUUACCACACAAAUCUCAACACUCUCCUCUCCACUCUUAGCAAUCAAUCAUCGCUCGCUAACUAUUACAACCUCACGACCGGUCAAGCUUCAGAGACAGUCCAUGGUAUGUUCUUAUGCACAGGAGACGUCAACAGAACAACUUGCAACGCCUGCGUCAAGACCGCAACGAUCGAGAUCGCCAAAAACUGUUCUAACCAUCGAGAAGCAAUCAUUUACUACUUCGAUUGUAUGGUUCGUUACUCAGAUAAGUUCUUCCUCUCGACCUUAGAAACAGUUCAUAAUACCUCUUGGUGGUCUCUCGAUCCAAUACCCAAAUCAUUUGGAAAAUUUAAACAGAGGUUGUCUGAAAAAAUGGGAGAAGCUAUCGUAAGAUCUUCUAUGUUGUCUUCGUCAUUUACUCCAUAUUAUCUUAUGGAUACGACUAGGUUUGAAAACUUGUAUGAUCUUGAGUCUAUUGUUCAGUGUACUCCUUACUUGGAUCCUAGAAAUUGUACCGCAUGUCUGAAACUUGCGUUGCAAGAAAUCACCGACUGUUGUAGUGAUCAGCUUUGGGCUAUGAUCUGGACUCCCAAAUGUUUGGUGAGUUUUGAUACCACAACUUCGUCGUUGCCGCCGCUUCCACCGCCGAAUCGCAGCGGUUCCUUCUCGAUUAGAGGAAAUAAUAAUAUAAUUUGGGGAAUGGUUCUUGCUGUGGGCAUUUCGGUGUUUGCAUUUUUGAAUUUAUGAUAAGAUUUGCAACUUGCAUGUUCAAAGUUCAAGCUUAAUAAGAAUUAUUUUGUUCAAAAAAACAAAAUAAAAUAUUACUUUCGUUAAUUUUGCUUCAUGCUUAUGUUUCUUUCAUAUUUUAAUGUAUUUUUUUUUGUCACACUACU